AUGCUUAGCCAAUGGCUGUUGUCAGCAAGUCUGCUGGCGAGCGGAGCAGCCGCUUUACUGAUACAACCAACGAACAUCACCCAGAACAGUAGCGAUGCCGUCGAACUCAACUUGGAUACAACGGAUUUCGGCGCGCUGCAACCUCUGACCCAGGAUNNGGGUAUCCAUGAUACCAUUUACCAUGUGACGACACAAAACCGGGAUAGCCUUACUGGUCAGGAGAUUGCCUAUAUAUCGUGCGAUGCUGAAGACUAUACUGGUUUUCUUUCGUUAAAUGAUGUCUACCGAACAGCGCUCAGCGUCAACGCCUCAGCUAUCAUCCUUUACAGUCUAGUAUCUGAGCAGUGCAACAUCACCAAUCCGGAAACGGCAUACCAGAGAGUAUUCUCCAUGUCUAACAACACCAGAUCUCAGGACGUACUGAACGUUAUCAAUAACAACCCGAGCAUUAUGGCAGCCAUUCAGUACGCUUCAACUUCAAAUCACAAUAACGGGCCUAAUCAGCAGAACCCAACAUCCACUUACGGAUCAUCUCCUACGACUGCAGUUGCUAUGAUCAUUCUAUACAGCGUAACUGGUAUUAUCACGGCCUUGUUCCUCAUCAUUAUCAUUACUGGAGCAGUUCGAGCACAUCGUCAUCCAGAGCGUUACGGACCAAGAAACGUUAUGGGAAGACCUCGACAGACCAGAGCUAGAGGUAUCGCUCGCGCUAUGCUGGAUACAAUUCCCGUUGUCAAGUUUGGCGAGCAACCCAAGCCGGAUCCAAAGGUCACAGAUGUCGAGUUGGCGGAUACCGAUACACCUGUGAUUCGUCGCUCAGUCGAAAUCGAUGGCACCCAAGAGACAGAGACCCGCGACCAGGCCGCGCCAAGACGAUCAAUGGCAUCUGUUCGUUCAGGUAUCGGUGCCGCAACAGGACAUCCUGACUCCGAUGCUAUUGGNGGAGUGGCAGCCGCUGAAUCGAACGCUGCAGCCACUGAGGCAGGCGAGAAUGGCGACUUGCCUCCUCCCAUCAACGGCUACAAUGGGCAACCUUACCGCGUUAGCAUGCGUCGCAGCUUGCUUAUCGGACUUGGACUUGACCGUGGACAUCUCGAUCAAGGACAAAGAAUGGCCGCUGCACGUGAGCUACGUGAACUCAAUCACAACAACGUCGACGGUGUUGAGGUCGCACAACAGGACCAAGGCGAGGAAGGUCGUCAGCGUCGUAGAUUACGAGAACGCUUUGGUGUGCGUACAAGAAGAAGAGGACAGUCUGAUGCGCGGGCACAGACAGUUGCUGCUGUCCCUGAGGAGACAGCUACGACUGCUCCAACGGCAGCUCCGGAAGCUGACGGUGCACAACGUCCUACCACGACUUAA